CAACAAAAUAUCGGUUCGAAUGAUGUUAAAUUCAUUAUAAAAAGAUUAAAAUUAAAAGGAUGGAAAAUAACCAUAAACAAAGAAAGCCUAACCGAAGAUCUAAUCAAUAAACAUCGGAUUUUAAUAUUGUUUAUGCCACAAUUGAAAUUUGCCGAUUUUGAAUUUCAAGCAUUGAAACAAUAUUUGGAAAGUGGUGAUGGUAAAAUUCUUGUAUUACUAGAAGAAGGAGGUGAAAGAAAAUCAUCAAGUAAUAUUAAUUAUUUUAUUGAAGAAUAUGGUACUUCAGUUAAUAAUGAUAAAGUAAUACGAACAUCGUUUUAUAAAUAUUAUAAUCCAAAAGAAGUAUUGAUACAGGAUGGUAUUAUUAAUCGUUCAUUGAUUAAUCAUGCAUCACAAACAAAUUUGAUUCAAUCACAAAAUAAUAAUAAUGGUGGUGGUGGUGGUUUAUCAUAUUUAUAUCCAUUUGGUGCUACAUUGAAUGUAGCUAAACCAUCAUUACCAGUUUUAUCUACAGGUAAAACAUCAUUUCCACCAUGUCGUCCUACAUGUUCAUUUUAUGAACAUGAAACUAAUAAUGAUGGAGGAAGAAUGAUUAUUUUUGGUUCUGGACAUGGAUUCAUUGAUAAAUAUAUUAACAAAGAACAAAAUGUUAAUUUAUUUGAUCUAUUUUUAGAUUAUUUACAAGAUAAACAAUUCAAACCAAAUAUGAUUGAUGCAUUAAAUCCGGAAAUUAAUGAUUAUCAUGUUGUACCGGAUUUAGAAUUAUUAUGUAAUGAUCCAAUGUUAUAUUUGGAAGAAAGUGAAGAAUUACCAAUCGAUUAUUCAACAUUAUUUUCAAGAAAAAUUAAAAAAAUUUCCAAUCUUUCAUUAGCACAUAUAAAUCAAACAUUCAAUGAAUUACAGAUUGAAAAACGAACAUUACAAGUGAUUAAACCACAUUUUGAAACACCAUUACCAGGUUUACAACCAGCCGUUUAUAUGCCUGUAUUUCGUGCACAUACAAAACCAGAAUUAGAAUUAUUCGAUUUGGAUAAUGAAUUUGCAUCGGUACAAAGUAAAUUGGCAAAAUUAGCCAAUAAAUGUAAUAAUAAUGAUAUUGAUUAUUUUAUCUGUGAAUCUGGCUUGAUCGUUGGAUUAGAUAUGGCAAAUUUGAAAGAGAAAAAUAUUUGCAAACAUAUCCUGUAUAUGGUUGCCAGUAAAAUUGUUUCAUUCAAAAAAAUUAAUAAUGAUUAA